UGUUUAGUCAAAUAUAUGUGUUCAAGCGUGCCGGAAAGGUGCACUUGAAAUGGAUCGAUACAAGUGGACAAGUUGGCGUACCACGCGUUGCGAGAGAAUGCAAACAGAAACCGGCGAUAUCGUUUCGUUUCAAAUUUUAUGUUCGAGACGAAGGAGAGGGAACGCCGUUCGCAUCGUACUUGGCAUCGUAUUCAAAUUGUCGUUUGAACAUUUACAUUGAUGCAAUCGCUGAGCAACUUAUUACAUAUGCUGAAAACAUUCACCCUGAGAGAGAGAGAGAGAGAGAGAGAGCUAAUUGCUGUCUCUUUCUUCCACUUCCCUCUCUUCUGCACAAUCCUACUCUGGUGAUAUUGCAAUUGACUGCAAUGAUCCAUCCAUUUCACUGCGCGAGAUAAACAAGUCGAUGGACAGUUUUAUAUCCGUAUUAUCGCGUCGCGCAUAAUUUCAUCAAUCAUCGUGCACUCCGCGAGUGGAAGAAAAAACCAUGACGAGAUGCCGAAAAAUAAAGAAAAUAGCAAGCGAAAGAAGCAAAUGGAGGACGAGGGCGACGAGGAUUAUCGAAAGCGGCGGGAUCGAAAUAACCAGGCUGUGAAACGAUCGAGAGUGAAGAGUAAAUUACGUACGCAACAAACCUUGGAACGAGUAAAUCAAUUGAAAACGGAAAACGAAUUGUUAGAGGAGAAAAUUAAAAUGCUCACCAAGGAGCUUGGGUUUCUCAAGGAUCUUUUUAUUGCACACGCAGGAGGUUCCGGUCAACACUCAAUGAACAUUCAAGAUCUAGAUCUGAAUUCUCUCCUGGCGGAAGAAAAAUCGACGGAAGAAUCAUCAGUUAUAAAGACGUCAGUUAUCAAGUCGACUAGCAAGCUGUAAACUUAUAUAAGCUCCACGAGAAAUCAGCGUGGUAUUAAAUUUGAAAAACGCGAGACAGUAUUUUGUCUUUCAUUCGCUCGAUCAAAACAGAGCAAGUGGACAUCUUGGAAAGAUGUUGACUUGAAAUUCAUUGAAAAAGAUUCUAGAUGCGAAGAGCAUUUUCCGAAGGCGGAUUUUUCAAGUUGCAGUGCAUCGUCAGUGAAUUAUCGUCAGUUAAAUUUACAACUUGUCAAAAACUGAUGGAGGCGAGAAUGAUGCAACUGUCGCAUACAACUCGCGAUAAAUUUGAGUACGAAAGUAUUCAUUUUAAUUGUUAGCCAGUGAAGAAAAAAUAAUGUAAACGGUACACGACAAAAAUAUCACCAAUAUGUACAUGUUGCAGAUAUUAGAGAUAUUAUAUUAUACGUAUAAUGUCACAUGCGAUCGUAUCUUGUACUAACGUACUGUAUUCGCGCGAGAUGUGGCUUUUACUGUGAGAUGUAUUUACAUAUACAUAUGGAAAUAA